AUGCCGACCGAUGAUGAAAGAUUAGAAGAAAAAAGGAGAAAAGAGACCAACAGAAAACAAUCUUCCCGUGUGAACCAGGCUGCCAGAGAAACCCCUCAAGAAAAAGAAAAGAGAAUGAAUGAAACAAAUAGAAAAGACGCUGAAAGAAGAAAAGCAAGAGGUCCCGAAGAAAACAAAAGGAUAGAUAGGCGAAAAAACCUACGUGCGAGAGAGAGAGAGAAAAACAGGUUAGAGGAGAAGAAUAAAAAGGCGGCGGAAAGUUACGAGAUCUACAAUAGCAGCGAAUUACUUACAAGCGACAAUCGUUCUGUGGGCCCUGCACGCCCCGAAGGUCCUACUUAUUCUGACCCCCCGAGACAAGAUCAUAAUGCUACGUUUGCUAUGACUAGUAUGAGAAGUUCAUUACCUCCGACUAUCUCUACACAACUAGCAACCAGUCAUCAUCAUUCAUCGUCUAUGAGCGAUCCUCAACACUCAGUACAUACCAGUUAUCAUCAUUCAUCGUCUAUGGACAAUUCUGAAUACUCAUUGUAUCCCAGUUAUCAAAAACCAAUAGCGAACAGCAGAUCUGACCUGUACUCUACAAGCUAUCAUAAUUCUGGACCACGAAUGAACAACAACGACAACAAUCCCUCAUUACUUGCAAGAGAUCAUUCAAAAGCUAUGGAACUCUUUCACAACGAAGAAUUCUCAAAUUUGGUAGAAAUGCCUAUUCAUCAUCCUGCAAACCCUGUCGUGUAUGAAAAUACAGGAUUCGCAGUAUCGUUUCCGACCAACGAAGGCAGGUCCUCUUUGCCUGCGACCGACUUUGGUGUUGCACCGUCUAGACACGAAAAUCACUACCUAGCGCCUGACGGAUCCGAAAGCAGGGACAAUCAUGCGUCACCUACAAUCGAUUCACGUUCUGCAUCGCCUAAAAACAAAUCCUAUUCCCAAGAGACUAGCAGAUAUAAUCCCGCAGAAUCUGGCAGACAUCAUUCCACAAGAUCUGGCAGACAUCAUUCCACAAGAUCUGGCAGACAUCAUUCCACAGGAUCUGGCAGACAUCAUUCCACAGGAUCUGGCAGACAUACUUCCAGGCAUCACACACCACCUGCGACCGUCUCAGACCCUGCACCGCCUGCACAAGGCUAUAACUAUCCAGUCAAUACGACCAGUUAUGCUUCUGGAGAACCCAUAGAGGAAUAUGUGAAUGCAAAUGAUGAAGAGCUCAGUGUACCGAAUUCUGUGUUUCACGAUCCUCAGCAAUACAACCCAAGUCAACAAUAG